CGAUGCUUGGUCCCUUUGCGUUUGGUCCAAAUGUCAACUUUGUCGUAGGAAACAAUGGAAGUAGCUUAGUGUCAUCAAAAAAGGAAGAACUGAUGUCCAUUUUGGAUCACUUUAACAUCCAGGUGGACAAUCCGUUUUCUAUACAAACUCAGGAAAUGAGUAAAGACUUCCUCCACUCCAAAGGAGAGGGCGACAGAUAUAAAUUUUUCAUGAAGGUCACUCAGCUUGAUCAGAUGAAAGAAGAUUUGACCUACAUCAUGAAGACCAAGACCAUGACCCAGAAUACAGUGGAGAAGCACAGGGAGACUCUACAAGAGCUGAAGAGAAAGUACCAUGAGAAAGAAGAGCGCUAUAAAAGUCUGGCUUCACUUGAUGAAAUGCAGAAGAAGUUGGAUGAGCUGAAGAAUCAGAUGGCCUGGGCUCUGGUGGCAGAGGUGGAGCAGGAGAUGAAGCCAAUGAGAGAACAAAUCACAGCUGAAGAGAGGUCCACUGUCAAAUAUGACCAGAAGGUGGAAGAGUGGGAGGGGAAAGUUCAGGAGGCCAACAGGAUAUUGGGACAGUUGCAGGAUCAGCUGGAGGGUGUGACGCAGCGGAUGCAGCAGCUGCAGCCACAGUGUGUGGAACUGAAGAGUCGAGCCCAGGCGUGCAACCGAGAUCUCAAAGCCGCCGAGGCUAGUCUUCAUCGUAAAAAGACUAACUUGAGAGACCUUGAAAAGGAUAAAGAUCAGCUUAACAAGCAGAUCCAAGAACUCAAACACAGCAUAAGUCAGACGAAGUCAGCUGACACUCAUGCUCGUGUGGAGAAGUUGAAUCACAUUCAGGCUGAGCUGGAACAACUACUAGCUAAAGACAGACGGGGUAAAAUGAGUGCCUAUGAAGACCGCAAGAAAGCCCAGGAAUGCUGUCGGAAGCUUCAAGCAGAGCUGACAGAAUUGCAAAAUGUUGAGGAACCUCAGUCAGAAGAUUUGAAACCUUUGGAAGAGGACCUGGAGGAGCUCAGCAGCCGAAUAAGUGUUUGUCGAGAGGAAUUUGAAGCUGCGCGGAAUCAGGUGUUGACACACAAGAGGGAAUAUGAGGAGGCUGAGCAGCUCUCCCGGCAGCAGAGGGAAGCUUUUAACAGCAUUGUAGAGGAAGCUGAGACCAUUAAGGAGCAAUUGAGCAACAGUGAUCAGGAGUUGGCGAGGAGUAAACAUCAUAAAAAACACUAUGAAGAGAAGCGGAAAGCCCAUGUGGACAUGAUUGAGACACUAAAGAAGAAAUUGUAUGAGAAGGACCAGGGGUUACAGGCUUCCAUAGCGAAAGCCUCAGAAACUUGCCCCGAGCGCUUGGAUGUGAGGAGAACAGCGAAGAGUUUGGACAGCGAGAUCAGCCGCCUCAGACACAAGAUCAACACACAGCAGGACCAACAAGGACACAGAGACACUAUCGUCAGGCAGUUCCAUGAGGCGAAGGAAAACUUCAAUAACAUAGACUGACAGUUCAAGGGUCUGGAGGCUAUCAUCUGCCAGUUAACUGAGAUCAUAAACCCCAAAUACAACGUCUACACUGAACAGAGAAAGUAUUUUUCUGUACGCUGUAAGUACUACUUUGACUCCAUGCUGUCUCAGAGAGGAUACAUAGGGAAGAUGACCUUUGACCAUAAGAAUGAGACUCUCCAUAUCAGUUCAGCCAGAAGAGGGUGGUAAGGCCGCUCUGAGUGACAUGCGUUCACUGUCUAGAGGAGAGCGUUCGUUUUCUAACUUGUGCUUAAUCCUGUCACUGUGGAACAUAUCCGAUGCUCCGUUCCGUGCUUUAGAUGGGUUUGAUGUAUAUAUGGACAUGGUGAACCGGAGGAUCUCCAUGGACAUGAUGCUAAAGAUCGCUGCCAGUCAGCGCUACAGACAGUUUAUUUUCCUCACAACACAGAGCAUGAGUUCUCUGCCAGUCAAUAGCCUGAUCUGCAUCCACCGUCUGAAUGACCCUGACCGCAGCGAGUCAACCCAGAAUGAUGCUGCUAUCCUUUGAACAUCUUAUGUGCAUCAGGCAAAUCAAGACAAAUCAGGCAAAGUACUUACAGCUGACAGCUGCACUUUACAGUUCUAUGCGCACAAGUUUA